AUGGAUCAAUGGUUAAAUACAUGUGUAGCAAUAGAACGUGUUGUUACAAUAAUAAAAGCUACCAAUUUUCAUAAGAAAAUAAGUAAACAAAUAGCUAAAAUAGUUACAGUUAUUCUUGUAAUAUUUACUCUCUGUACAAAUAUUUAUGAUCCAUUCUAUCGAUAUUUAAUUGAUGAAGAUAAUGAAGAUGAGAAACAAAUAUGGUGUAUUGCUACUUAUCCAUCUUCUUUACAAACAUUUAGUUCUGUUAUGCAUACAUUUCACUUUUUGGCUCCAUUUAUAAUUAAUCUAAUAUCAGCUAUUAUUCUCAUAACAAAAAGAUCUCGUCAACAGUCAAAUCUUCGAACGCAUGAAAAUUAUAAACAAAUUUUAAAACAACAAAUUCAACAAUAUAGACAUUUAUUUACUACUCCUGUUCUUUUAGUUCUUCUUGGAUUACCACGUUUAAUCAUUUUAUUUGUAUCAAAAUGUAUGAAAUCAACAAAUGAUGCAUGGCUAUUUCUUGUUGGAUAUUUCAUUUCAUUUAUUCUACCUAUGCUUACAUUUGUUGUAUUUAUAUUACCAUCACAAUUUUAUAGAGAACAAUUUCAUAAAACUAUCGUCAAUUAUCGAAUUGCUCUAGAACGACGUUUGAAUUAUAUGAUAUAG